UUUCUCCUCCUCCUCCUCCGGCCUGAUGAGGGAGGAAUAAAAGAGGCGGCUACGUAACAAGGGAUCUCUCUCUUUUCCAGCUCUCUUUUCCCAGUCUCCUCAAGGCGCAGGCGUUUUCAGCACCAGUGGUACUGAACAGCUCCCAAUGCUGCAAGCUGCUCCAGUGGGCUUCCAUUGAGCCUGUUCCAAGCCGAUUGGGAGGAAGAGCAGAAAGCAUCCUUGCCUAGCAGCCCCUUUCCACCUUCCUCCAUCAGCUAAGAGGCUCCAGUCCUCUCCUUUGGGCUUCCCCCACAAAUAACGGGGCGGAAGGAUGCUUCCGAAACUGGUUUUGGUCAUCCCGGUGCUGGCGUUGCUAGUAGGCCGGGGACACAGCUUCCCAAAGCCAGAAGGCGCCAGAGGAGAUAAAGCAAUACACAACCGAGAACUAAGUGUAGAGAGACCUCUAGAAGAGCAGAUUGCUGAAGCAGAGGCAGACAAAAUGAAAAAAGCACCUUCUAAAGAAAAUAAGCCAGAAUUCAGAAAUUAUUCCUUUGCUGAAGAUCUGAACCUUCUAAAAUCCGCAGUGGAAAAAGAGAGGAAGGAAAAGGAAAAAGCAUCGGUCCGGAGCACCCUCUACGAUCAGCAGCUUGCUCUGGAUGACGCCGAUUCCACCAAGAGUCGCAGGCUGGUGGACGAUUACGACUCCACUAAAAGCGGACUGGACUAUAAAUAUCAAGAUGAUCCGGACGGACUGCAUCAACUCGACGGCACGCCGCUGACGGCUGAAGACAUUGUCCAGAAGAUCGCCACAAGAAUAUAUGAGGAAAACGACAGAGGGGUCUUUGACAAAAUUGUUUCCAAGCUUCUCAAUCUGGGACUCAUUACAGAAAGCCAGGCCUAUACCCUGGAAGAUGAGGUGGCUGAAGUCCUGCAGCAGUUGAUUGCGAACGAAGCCAAAGAUCGGGAAAAGGCUGCCGAAGGUCUCGAUUACCUCCCAAGCAAAACAGACAUGAAUGCCAACCAGAACCUGGAAGGAAAAAUGGUUCCAAAGGCUCCUGAGCAAGAUGACACAUUAGACAACACAUGGGCUUCUUCCAACAUCUUAGAAAGAAGGAACGAGUUGCCUCCUGAGGAUAAUUUUGAAGAUCUCCAAUAUUUCCCUAAUUUCUACGAACUACUGAAAAGCCUUAACUCUGAGAAAGAAGCCAAGGAGAAAGAAACGCUGAUAACGAUCAUGAAGACUUUAAUAGACUUUGUGAAGAUGAUGGUUAAAUAUGGAACCAUCACGCCGGAGGAAGGCGUUUCAUACCUAGAAAACCUGGAUGCAAUGAUCGCCCUACAGACGAGAAAGAAACUUGAGAAGCCCAGUACGAAAGCCAAGCUCCUUUCAGACAAGAGCACCGAAGAGACCGACAGCACCAAAGCAGCCGCCGCUAAAAUGGAAAAGGAAUAUGAAACGCUGAAGGAUUCCACAAAAAUCGAAGAACAAAACACAGAGAACGACGAAGAGCCCAAAGGGAAAGCGGAGGCAUAUUUGGAAGCUAUCCGAAAGAACAUAGAAUGGCUGAAGAAACACAACACGCAGGGAAACAAAGAGGAUUAUGACCUUUCCAAACUCCGAGACUUCAUUGAUCAACAAGCAGAUGCUUACGUGGACAAGGGCAUCCUGGACAAAGAAGAGGCAGAUGUGAUCAAACGCAUCUACGGCAGCCUGUGAAGCAGCGAAGAAGCAAAGUCUCUCGAAACUGUAGGGAAUUCUAGUCUAGUUCCACCCCCAUCUCGCUCUUUGAACAAUCACUUUCUUCCUUCCCUCCUUCACACCCUUCAUGAGAUCAUUAGAAAUAUUCUGUCUGCAUUGUA